UUUUUCCUCCCCCCACGUUCUUCGCCCUCGCUGCCCACGGCGCGAGGUCCGCGAGCCUCAAUCGACCUCUUACUCCGACGCCGAGUCGUCGCCUACUCCCCAUUGUCGGCCAGUCGAGUGACUUCUGAAUAUUCACCGAACGCUGGGCGACUCCUCGCGCUGCUUUACGUAACCACUUCUUUUGGGGAACAUCGAAUAUUGCCAGUUCGUUUUCCAAAUAAUGCGAUUGCGAUAAUUGCAAAAAGUAAUAAAGAAGAUGUAAAGUAAGUUAUCGCGCUCCUCGGUAGACGUCCGUCAUUAUGCAUGCCACGCUCGUAAUCAUCGCCUGACAACGCGCACCAAUGUCUUUGCGACUUUUCAACAUUUAUUAAACUCCGUUAGAAACAGCACAAGCGAUCGUGCCGUAUAUCACCUGCACACUUGACUACUUUAUUCUACGUCAAAGCCAAACUUUUUCCAAUUCUACUCUCAUCGGUGCCGCGAUUCCGUCUUUCCAAAUUUCGCAUCUCAACUUCCGAUCGAUGGAAAAAGCGAAUAUGCCUUUCGAUUGCGCACUGUCUGCGCAGAAUUUUCGAAUGCAAUCGGGCGCUUUCCCCUAUUUUUAAAUCAAUUGCUUGAUACAAAAUCCGGUAAUUAAUUUAUCUUCCAGCGCAUUAUCAAUACCGUAUAUAAAUUUAUGAUGACGAGCCUCUAUUAAACGAUGAUUAAAGUUCAGCGAAUUUUCAAUGGUUAUCUUCAAAAAGAACGGGGAGAAGUCCAAGGAAGUGAGCUUCGUUAUCGCAAUGAAAAUGUUCUUUACGAUAAAACACUAUUUUAUUCUUAUUUACUUGGAAACUACAUUUUUCGAUGCACAUUCACACUUAUUGCUAUUCUGUUUGAUUAAAAUCAUAAAAAUCUUUCAGUUGCCCCAAUUCAUGCGCAACUGAGGCAAAUAAAUCUGGUCUGAACCAGAACUGAUAGCAAUAUCUUCCAAAAGCUGUAACUUUUCCGUUUCCAAAGUGUCAAACAAGAUUCUGAAUUUUUGGUGAACAUGUUACCAUGUAAGUCACAAGCUAUAAUAAAUAUUAAUAAAUAUUAAUUCAUUAUUCUUAUCCAAUAGAAUUUCGACUGAUAAAUAAAAAAAAGUCAUCAUUUGAAAGUUGUGAUGAUUGUUAAAAAGUUGAAUUUCAUUUGAUGCCAUUUUUUUUUACCGAAAACAUAUAUCCUCUUAUCUAAUAGAAACAAAAUAUUAUGAAAAAUUCAAUAUAAUAUAUUUUCAUUUAGUAAAAACUACCAUUAAGUAUCUUCGUCGCUCACUUUCUGGACACUGUUAUGUAUAGUUUCCAUUUUUCAACUAUUCAAUAUGUAAGACGUUGAAAAACUUAUCUUCGCAUCGUCUUUAAACUGAAAACUUGAACAUGGUCAUAAGUAAAUAUUGGCGUUAAUGACUUUUUUUUCGUGAAACUUUGACUGAUACCUCAAUACAUGCAUCUUGAUACGAAAACACCCAUUUUUAAUUAUUAAAUAAUUAUGUCAACAGUAUUUAUAAUUGUGGAGAGGUACAUUACAUUUUUUUCAAUCAAUUCGUUUUCCAAACUUCUUUAAUUAUUUAUAGGGUAGCCCAACUUUUUCCUCACGAUUCAAGUAAUUAUUACAUUUACAUUAUGUGCUAUCUUGCGGUUUAUAAAACUACUGUAAAAGGCUAACAUUGACUGCUGCAUUCUACUUUCAUCACAAUUGCUCUAAUUAAUCAUUACGUCGUAAUAAUAUUGGUAAUCGACAAUUUCGCAUCGGAAAAAUGAGCAGCAUUAUUGAACAUUACAAGUAAAAUUUGAAUUAUUCUCGAUUAAAAUUGAAAGAAUAAAAUAAAGAGAAAAAAGUAUUGACGUUAACAACGCUUCAAAAAAGUAAUAACACAGGACUAACUUGGUAACAAGUUAUGGAAACUGCUUUACACGCUCGUAAGACCGUGUAAACUUGUUAUUCAGAUCAUAUUAACCUUUUUUUUGUCGUUACGACCGAGCCUUAAGGUUGAUUAUAACUGUGACAAGUAUAAGUACGAGCUGACGCGUCUCUACUGAUCUGUUCGUGAAUGACUCGUGAUACGAACGAUCGCGUACGUAUUUAAUGUUUUGGAUUUUUACACAUCUCUUCCACGUUUUUUAUGACUUGUUGUUUUCUUUAUUUAGAUCACGCGAAGAAAACUGCUGAUAACCACCUUUGACUAGACUUUAUUCUAAGAAGAAUUAGGAAUUUAUUAGCUUUCAACACUUUUACUGUUUUUGACACAAAAUUAUUACUUUAAGUUUAAUAGCAUAACAUUAUUAAUUACUUUUUUUUAAACAUUUUUAAAAAAUACGUAUUUUAUAUUUGAAUACUUUUGAAAUUUCCACGACAGUCAUCGUACGAUGUUUUAUUCUUAACGAGGUAAUCUUUUACAAAUAAUGAAAUUAUAGGUGAUCAGUAUAUAUUAGAAUUACAACAUAGAAUACAUAUAUUUACUUUUUAUGUCAUCCAAAAACAAAAACUACUACUAAUUCAGAAAAAUAUGGUAUAAUUUAAGAUAUUGUCUUGAAUUGACCUAACAUACAAAUUUAAGAUUUGGUCGAAGAUGCAAUAUGUUUGCUUUUUUCAGUAAGAAAUUUUAUAAAAAAUGAUGUUUUUAUUGCAGAACCAUAGUACACGUAAUAAUACGCCGAUUUUUCGUUAUAAUAUCGCACAAUAAAGGAUUGAAUCUACUGUUAUGGUUCAUGAAUUUAAUUUAGCGAAACGACAAAACCGUGCAAUUUAAAAUCUUUAUUUUGUGAUCAGUAAGCUUUUUGAAAUAAGCUUCAUGGUUCACGGUAUAUGUUGGUCUCACAAGUCUCACUGUAUAUUUAAGCUGCUUUUAACUGUGUAAAUGAAUACUUUCGGGAAAGCAAUUUAUUAAUAGAAUACCACAUGCCAAAUCAUCGAAAGAAUGGAAAUAACGAAACUAAGAAAAGCUAUUACACGUAUAAAAUCUUUGUUGAACACAAAGAACAAAUUAAUGGCAUUGAGGUGUGCGUUUAAAGAAAACGUUCAAAGAAAAACUGAGUGCAACGUUUGUUGGAGACGGAACUUCUUAGAACAGCUGAUGUCAAGGUCUGUUAAGCGUGUGCUAGUUACAUAUGCAAUUUCUCUGUUCAUCGUUCGUAAGUUUCUUUAAUUUUUUACAAAGAAAAAGCUCGGAGAAAGCUUUGUUAUUUUCGCAACCUUUAACUAGGUCGAAUUUAUCGGUAACGAAAAAAAAAAUUGGUGACGCGAUUGCUUUGCAUGGUGUCAAGUACAUUCAAUAGACAAUAUCACAGUGAUUUUUUUUUAUUUUGCUGCUGAUCAGUUGCGUGGUGCACUUGAAAUACACGUACCAUCCAUCAGCUGCGACAAAGUUUCAGUAAAAAUGGAGAUGAACACUUUCACACCUGAAGAUCUACAAAGAAAGUUAUAUUUUUUAAUGGAACAACUUCAACAAAUGGCUGGUCAACUACCUUCAAAAUAUCAGAUGCGUCUUCCAUAUGAAUUACUCUCUGGCUUGGCAAAUUGUUUACUUAAUGACACAAUUUUCGAGAUAGUCAAAGGUUUAAUGGAAAUACAACAUGUAACAGAAAAGCAUCUAUUCCAAAAAAGACUACAAUUAAUUCAUCAACAGCAAGCUGAAAUUCAACAAGCUUUUUCAAAUAUUAUUUUGGACAGGGAAAAAGAAAUUAUGAAACAAACACUGUUUCGAAGACAUAAAGAAGAGAUGAAGCAAUUAGAUUUAGAAUUAGUAAGACAACUUGACCAAAAGGUUACUGAUCAACAAAGUAUAUUGGAAAAAGCUGGAGUACCUGGAUUUUAUGUGACAAGCAACCCAAUGGAUAUUCAAGUUCAAAUGAGGCUGUGUGAUUUUAUAAUUAGACUAAGCAAAAUGGAUAUUCCAUAUUCUUAG